UACGAAGACUAUCAGAUAUAUUAUUGAUAAUAAGAUGGCGCCUAAAAAUACUAACUAUAUCGUUUGGAUUGAUAUGGAGAUGACUGGACUUGAUGUAGAUAAAGAUCAUAUAUUAGAAAUUGCCUGUGUUGUAACAGAUAAGAAAUUAAAUAUUGUUAGCGAGGAAUUAAAUAUUGUAAUACAUCAGUCAGAUGCAAUAUUAGAAAAUAUGAAUGACUGGUGUAAAGAAACUCACACAAAGACGGGAUUAGUUGAAAACUCUCGCUCAAGUACUAUAUCAUUAGAAGAGGCUGAAAAGACAGUACUUGACUUUUUAAAAAAGCAUAUUCAUGAACGUUCAUGCCCAUUGGCUGGAAGUUCGGUGUACAUGGAUCGUUUUUUUCUAUAUAAGAAUAUGCCAUUAGUUAAUAAUUACUUGCACUACAGGAUUAUUGAUGUUAGUACAAUUAAGGAAAUUGCUAGGAGGUGGAAUCCAAAUGUAUAUAAUUCGAUGCCAAAAAAGAGAGUAAAUCAUAGGGCUCUGGAUGAUAUAAAAGAAAGCAUUAAUGAGUUAAAGCAUUAUAAAAAACAUUUUUUUAACAACAAUUUCCUCUAUAACAUAGGAGCAUGA